AUGAAUAAGGAUUUGAGAUUGCAAAAUUAGUAAAAAAUAUUUUAUCAAAAUAGUUAGAAAAGAGACCUUAAGAAAAGCUUAAAAAUUGAAUAUAUUUGAUGAAAUGUUGGAUGUUAUUAAUAAAAAAAAUAAUAUUAAUAAUAAAUUAAGUGGAAACCUAAAAAUAAAAUUAGAUUUUUCAUAGUUAUUAAUUAACAAAGAAUUGAUAUUUAAUUUGUUUAUAAAAAUGCAAAAAUUAUUGUACACCGAAGAAGGAUUAUAGAUAAUGAGGAGUAGGAACAGUGAUCCGAUAAAAUAGAACAAUGAAAAUAAGGGAAUAUCAAUAAGACCAAAAUGUUUACGAAUUCAAUCAUUAUCAAGAUAAUGUAACCGUGUUAGAGUAGGAACAUUGAAGAAUACUUAUAAUUUAUCGAGCCCUGAGAAUCUAUUAUAAGUUUUACCUUUUACAAGAUAGAAACAUAAGGCAACUAGUAUACCUUAAGUGCUUUCCGUUGAUUAAUUAUAAGUAAGACAUGAAGAAGAUCUGUUGUAAAUGGCAGCCAGUUAAUUACAUUUACCAAAUUGUAAUGGGAAGGAUGGAAUGGGAAGGCAUCAUUUAUAAUCAAUAAGAUUGAGAACUGGUGAUUGGUUUUAAUGGAAAAAUAUUCCAAUGUUAUCUAAUGUAGUAGAUGAUUUUUAGAAGAAAUUAAAGUAUGGAAAUUUAAACAUAGAGAUUAUAGUAAACAUCUGAAGAGGAAGAACAUAUGAAAGCAGAGAAACGAUUAAUAUAGCAUGAAUUUGAAAUGAAGAAGGUUGAAUAGAUAUAAAGAAAAACAGCAUAAAAUUUAAAUCAUGUUUUAGAAUAAAAAUCAUUAACUUAUAAUAUUGAUUUGGAUGAGUUUUGGAAAUAGAUGAAAGAAAAUGUAUUUCAAUUAUAUAUAAUUAAAUAAGAGUAAAUACUUUUAACAUCAUACAGAAGAGAUGGCUAAGAGUAAAGCGAGUAAAAGAGAGAGAUUAGAGAAAUUCUAGAAGAAAUUUGGUGGUGAUAAGAAAGUCUGUAUCCCACAAAUAUAAAAGCAAAAUGUUAAUAAUAAGGAAACAGCAUAUUAUGAUAUAUGA